UCUUGGCCUAAAUAUUAAAUUGGCUCUUCGCCUCUUCCUCGUCAAAAAACCACCGAUCUUCGUAGUUCUCCCCGUUCGUAGCUCUUUGUUGUGGUCGAUUGGAUCUGAGAUGGCGGACGAGAUUGAGUUGAAAACAGCACCAGCUGAUUUUCGUUUCCCCACAACCAAUCAAACCAGGCACUGUUUCACUCGCUACAUUGAAUUUCACAGGUGUUUGCAAGCAAAAGGUGAGGAGUCUGGUGAAUGUGAAAGGUUUGCUAGAUAUUAUCGUUCUCUCUGCCCAGGUGAAUGGAUUGAGAGAUGGAAUGAGCAGAGGGAGAAUGGAACUUUCCCAGGCCCUCUUUGAUCUCAAGCGGAUUUGACAUUUUAAUAUGCAGUUAAUCUUCUACAUUGGAACUUCAUAAUGCUUAUAUCUUUUAUCUGAACUAUGUCAUGGUUGCUACACCAAAGAACAGUGAAUCAAUAAGACAAUGGAAAGUGCAUUGAGUCUGUUGAAUGUUAUUGCUUUAUUCUUCUUAGAACUAUGGUGCUGAGCACUCAGCAACUGGUCGAGUAUUUCUGAUGUUCAAUAUUUGAUUGGUUCAGUGACUUUCUCCAAAGGCCAUUUAGUCAGGUCCCUUGGUUCUUUGCUACAAGGGGCAUGACAUUGGAACGGGGUUGCCCCUUGAUGGACCAGGCUGUAGGGGUAACCGAAGAUUGUCUCCUCAAGCCUAUCAUGGUUAUAUUGUAGAUCUGAUUUAGAUGUGGAUAUGGUGCUUGUUUGUUGCUUA